AUGUUCGCGGAUGGUGCGGGGAGAUUGCUGUCGCCGUGGCACCACAUUCCGCUGUACGCGGCGUGCGACACGCUGGUGCAUUUCGUGUGCACGACGCCCGUAGCGACGUGGGCGAAGAUGGAGAUCGCGCGCGACGAGGACUACACGCCUUUGCGAUUCGCAGCGUCGCAGAUGCAGGUGCAGCUGCUGCAGGGUAGUAACGACAUCGCAUGCGACAACGGCGACGGAAAUAAACACGAUGGCGAUCUCGACGGCGACAACGAACUCGCCGCGGCGCGGCAUUCCGACAGUCCGACCGCCACUGUAACAUGGGCCCCGCGUAAGCGCGCGGCAUGCGAGGCGGUAGCACAAGUACCAGCGCAUUACGCGGGGAACGUGCUGUGGAACCACGGUGUGCUGCCGCAGACAGUCGACGAGUCCACACUGUUCCGCGCGGCACCCUCCGACACCCGCACCGCCUCCGCUUCCGCUUCCACUUGCCCCUGCUCCGCUCCCGUCAAUCGUUCCGCCGGACGUCCUCCUGCUCCCAGAACCUCAGCAUCCCGCGAUCCUAGCGGCGACGGCGGUGGCCCCGGCGGCGCCGGCGACGGAGGAGGAAGUGGAGAAGGAGGGCAGAGAAGCGGUGAUCGAUCAAGCUGCAACAAGCAGCGGCAGUCCGCAGCGGGAGGGGACGGGGGUAAGCGCUCGGGAAAAAGCGGGUGGGGUUUCAGAGGCGGUACCGGGCUGGGGAAGGCGAAGGGAAGAGUCGUAGAGAGUGUGGAGGAUGACGUGGCAGCAACGGAUGAUUGGUCGUGUGAUUUACCUGACUCGCGGCUCGGUUGGCAGAAGCAGCAAGAUCUGGAGCUCUCUUUGCUCGAGCGGUUCGAGAUGGAGCGACUCGCUACAAGCAGAUCAGACGACCACGGACCUAACGGUCCUGACUCGCUAUCCGCUGCUCCGAUUGAGGUGAUAGAAAUAGGGCAGCAGCCGGCGCGGGUUGGCCAGGUAUACGCGGUCAAACCGCUCGGCGCGAUUCCGCUAGUGAUCGACGAAAGACUGACGUGGAAGCUGAUAGCCAUUUCGGGAGACGAUCCGUUAGCGUCGAAGCUAGAAAGCAUCGAAGACCUUCCGGCGGUCCUGCCGGGGACACUGGAAAUGCUGCAGGAGUGGCUUGUGGUGCGGGAUGAUAAUUCCGCGGAUCAAGGAGGCGAAGCAGCGGAUUCGUGUUCGGCCGAUCGCGAGAAUCGCGAGGGUCGCGAAGAUCGCGAGGACCGCGAUCAUUUCCGUGCGAUAAAAGAAGACCAAAGGGAUCGACGAAACCACGCGGGCGAUACCUCUCCCCAAUCUUGCCCCCGUCCGUCGCCUCGCGCUCGCGCUUCGUUCCGGAUAGUUUUCCGCCCGUCGCCGCGUCCUCGGCUCCCCGCGCAAGCCGUCUGCGGAUCCGCGCAUGCGCUUGCGCUGGCGGCCCAGGCGCACGCCUCGUGGCAGCUGUACUUUCACCUCAACGCGCACCCGGAACCCUGGCUGCCCGAAUGCGAAAUAUUCCAGUCGGGCAUUCUCGAACGAAUUUGGGCCAAGUACACGCAGGCAGGGCUGCGGUGGGGCUCCGCGGAGACAAUUGCCGCGGCAGCAAUAGCAGCAGCGGAAGCAGGCGAAGGCGGAGGCGGGGAGUCGAAUCAGCAAGCGAAGGGGGGAAAUGCGCAAAGAAAAGAAAGAGAGGAUGAGUUGCGGAAGGGGAUUGCGCAAUUGCUCCGCGUGUCGCGUUGCGCGCCAGAAGGGCACAAGUUUCAGUUGGUUGUGGAGCUGGCGGGGCAGGAGAAGGUGGGCGUGGGUGGCACCAAGGGGCCGGGUCGUCCUGCUGUUACUGGCAAUGCCGUUGCUGCCAGCAAUGCUGUCACUCGUACUGCCUUCUCCGUCCCAAACACCAACCUCUCUUCCACCCUGCCGCCCCGCUCCCACCUGCCCAUGUCCCACCCUGCCACUCCUCUCCCGCGCACCCCAUCCGUUCCACAUAGCCCCGGCCCCUCCGCCCAGCCCUCCUUCCCGCGGCAUCCUCCCGCCUCCCCCUCCUCCCCCUACUUCCCCUCCUCCCUUCCCCCCACCUCGCCCCCCACACUCCCGCGCUCCCCUCUCUCCGUGGAUUCAAUCAGGGAACAGGCCAACAGAAGGUUGAGAGGGGGGAGGAGAGGGGGGUGGGAGCACAGAGGGGAGGAGGGGAGCGGGGCGAGAGGAGGAAGAGUGAGGGAGGGAGUGAAAGAGGGGGUGAAGUAUCUUCAGAGGCACAAGAGAGUUGGUCCUUCUGCUGCUGCUGCUGCUGCUGGUGCGUUUGGGGACGAGGGGAUUGUGGCUGCUGCUGCUGUGGUCGCUGGAGUAGGUGCGGAGGGUUCGCAAGGGCCGUACGAGUCAGACGCUCGGUGGGGUGCAGUCAGGCAUGUAAAUGCUGCCCAGACCAGCAUUUACCGUUCCACUUCCACUGCCACUGCUGCUGCUGCUGCUGCUGCUGCUGCUGCUGCUGCUGCUGCUGCUGCUGCUGCUGCUGCUGCUGCUGACACUACUAAGAUGCACAUCGCUUGGGUAGGCAGCCAUCCCUCGCCUCCUAUCGGCCUUCACCCAAGGCCGAUGCACAGAAGCAUGAGUGAGCAUGUAAUCAUACGGCCUGCCACUGCUGCUCCCACUGCUGCUCCUUCUGCAAGUGCGCUUGGCACUGGCAGCAGAGGUUCCUCGGCACGACUCUUCAGCAUGCACACGCCCCCACCCCUUCCACCGGCAAGCUCAUACCGAGAGGUUACGCCGAUUCGGUACGCGGCAGGAGCUCCUGUGACCAAGGGUGCGAUUUACAGCAGCAGGAAUGGGGACGGUGGCAGCAGAGGGUUUGAUGGUGAUGGGGUAAUGCUUGUGCGUGGUGGCAGUGGUCAGGUGGUGCUUGGGCAGGAAAUGGAUUUGGUGAACAGAGGGGGAGAAGAUGAUGAUGAUAAUGAUGAUGAUGAAGAGGAGUGGAUGGGAGGGGAGUUGAGGAGGAACAAAACAGAGGGAGACCGCCGCAAGACGGCGGUGAAGGCUGUGAGCAAGUGGGUAUGA